AUGAUCGCCAAACAGCAGUGUGUCCGGGGCGGGUCCCAGGGCUUCAGCUGUGGCUCAGCCAUUGUUGGUGGGGGCAAGAGAGUUGCCUUCAGCUCUGGCUCCGUGUCUGGAGGUGCAGGCCGCUGCUCCUCUGGGGGCUUCGGCAGCAGGAGCCUCUACAACCUUGGCGGCCACAAGAGCAUCUCUCUCAGUGUGGCCGGGUCUCGCCAAGGUGCCGGGGGCUUUGGUGCUGGUGGCUUUGGUGCUGGUGGCUUUGGUGCUGGUGGCUUUGGAAGUGGAUUUGGUUGGGGUGGUUCUGGCCUCGCUGCCUGCCCUGCUGGGGGGAUUCAGGAGGUCACCAUCAACCAGAGCUUGCUGACCCCACUCCACGUGGAGAUAGAUCCCGAGAUCCAGAAAGUGCGCACUGAGGAGCGCGAGCAGAUCAAGACCCUCAACAACAAGUUCGCUUCCUUCAUCGACAAGGUGCGGUUCUUAGAACAACAGAAUAAGGUCCUGGUGACCAAAUGGAACCUCCUGCAGCAGCAGACGACCACCACAUCCAGCAAAAACCUCGAUCCCUUCUUUGAGACGUACAUCAAUGCCCUCAGGAAGCAGCUGGAUACCUUGGUCAAUGACAAAGGGCGCCUGCAGUCGGAGCUGAAGGUCAUGCAGGACAGUGUGGAGGACUUCAAGACCAAGUAUGAAGAUGAGAUCAACAAACGCACAACGGCAGAGAAUGACUUCGUGGUCCUCAAGAAGGAUGUGGACGCUGCCUACAUGACCAAGGUGGAGCUGGAGGCCAAGGUGGACGGCCUGAAUGAUGAGAUCAACUUCCUGAGGGUCCUCUACGAUGCGGAGCUGUCCCAGAUCCAGAGCCAUGUCAGUGACACGUCUGUGGUCCUCUCCAUGGACAACAACCGCAACCUGGACCUGGACAGCAUCAUUGCCGAGGUCCGCGCCCAGUAUGAGGAGAUUGCCCAGAGGAGCAAGGCUGAGGCCGAGGCCCUGUACCAGAUCAAGGUCCAGCAGCUCCAGAACUCAGUUGAUCAACAUGGUGACAACCUGAAAAACACCAAGAACGAGAUCUCAGAGCUCAACAGGAUGAUCCAGAGGCUGCGGGCAGAGAUUGAGAACAUCAAGAAGCAGUGCCAGACUCUGCAGGCGUCUGUGGCGGACGCAGAGCAGCGUGGGGAGCUGGCGCUCAAAGAUGCCCACACCAAGCGCACAGAGCUGGAGGCUGCCCUGCAGAAGGCCAAGGAGGAGCUGGCCCGGAUGUUGCGCGAGUACCAGGAGCUCCUGAGCGUGAAGCUGGCCCUGGAUAUUGAGAUUGCCACCUACUGCAAGCUGCUGGAGGGCGAGGAGUGCAGGAUGUCUGGAGAGUGCCAGAGUGCCGUGAGCAUCUCGGUGGUCGGUGGUAGCUCCAGUAUUGGAGGCAUCAGUGGAGGAUUCGGCGGAAGCUGCUCUGGAAUUAGCCUGGGGAGUGGUUUUGGCUCCUGCUCUGGAGGUGGCUUUGGGUUUGGCGGCGGUGUCUGCGGUAGUUCCGGCAGCAAGAUCAUCUCUACCACCACCCUGGGCAAGAAACCCCGAUAA